ACAUGUAAUAUGAGCUAUUCUCGACACAUGGAAGACGAAUAUCAGAAGUUUGUUCGACGAAUGAACCCGCCUCGAGUCGUUAUUGAUAAUGAUUCUAGCCAAAAUGCCACCAUUAUUCAGGUGGACAGUGCAAAUAAACAUGGAGUACUUUUGGAAGUUGUACAAGUUUUAACUGAUUUGAAUUUUAUCAUCACAAAGGCUUAUAUUAGCUCUGAUGGAGGCUGGUUCAUGGAUGUGUUUAAUGUAACUGAUCAAGAAGGAAACAAGAUUAGAGAUGAACAAGUUUUGGACUAUGUUCGUGUGUCACUUGGGUCGGAAACUAGCUUUACGACAUCCGUGACAUCGAUCGGGUCAAACGACCACACGGUGAUAGAAUUAACAGGAAGCGACCGACCCGGAUUGUUAUCCGAACUUUGUGCAGUUUUGACACAUUUUAAGUGUAACGUGUCAAACGCCGAGUUAUGGACUCACAACGGGCGGGCUGCAUCAAUAAUGCAAGUAACGGAUGAGGAAACGGGUGGACCCAUUUGUGAUGAUGAAGAAAGACUUGAUACAAUUAAACAAAUGCUAUGCAAUGUGCUUAAAGGUAGCAAUGAAAGGCGAGAUGCGAAAACAUGUGUUGCACAUUGUGUUACUCAUACCGAAAGACGGUUGCAUCAAAUGAUGUUGACUGAUAGAGAUUAUGAAAGGGGUAAUGAUGAUGAAGGUUUAGAUGAUAAACAAAGGCCUGAUGUGAAAGUGGUUGAUUGGUAUGAUAAAGAUUGUUCAGUCGUUACUAUUCGUUGUAAAGAUCGGCCUAAACUUUUGUUUGAUACGAUUUGUACUUUGACCGAUAUGGACUAUGUCGUUUUUCAUGGCAAUGUUGAUGCUGAAGGACCUGAAGCUCUUCAUGAAUAUUGUAUCAGACAUAUUGAUGGAUCUCAUGUGAAAUCAGAUGCAGAGAGGCAAAGAGUGAUCCAGUGUCUUGAAGCAGCAAUAGAAAGAAGAGUGUCUGAGGGCUUAAAGCUAGAGCUAUGCACAACAGACAGAGUUGGGCUGCUAUCAAAUGUGACUCGUAUCUUCCGUGAGAAUAGCCUCACCGUCACAAGAGCUCAGGUGGCAACCCGUGACAACAAGGCCGUGAAUACGUUCUAUGUUCAAGAUGCUUCAGGGUACCCGGUAGACCUCAAGAUUAUCGAAUCUAUUAGGAAAGAAAUCGGGCAGACGAUACUUAAAGUGAAAGGCAACUAUGAAGAUUCAAACCAAGUUUCUCAAGAUUCUCCCACUAAGUCCCUUUUUAGAGGCCUGUUCAAGUCCAAAUCUUUUUGCAACUUUGGCCUUGUUAGAUCCCACUCUUAAGGGAGCCACUAAUACUA